CUGAGGUGGCAUCUCAAACUGUUACCGGGAGGGCAUUCCAGAGUACUGGAGCCCGAAAUGAAAACGCUCUAUAGCCCGCAGACUUUUUUUGGGCUUUGGGGAUCACUAAUAAGAAAAUCGCCCCCGCUUGCUUUGAUUUUUCAGUGUGCGGCCCUCAGUGGAAAAAGUUUGGACACCCCUGCACUUUUUGUCCAUCGGCUAUGUGCCUCCCAAACGCCAGAUGGCGCCGUGCUCCUUUUGUCCAUUGGAGCGCUUUUCUUUUCCUGCCGGCCUGUGACGUCAGGUGUCAAGGUAGCACCGGAUGUAAGAAUGGAGGCCGCCGCGCAGUACUUGUGGUGUGUCUUGUGCGCCUUGGUGCUGCUCCACAGCCGCGUCACCAUGGCGACCACAGCAGGCAGCAGCAGACAAUGAUCGUGCAGUCCGCCAUGAACAUGACUUCCGCCUCCAAGCACACUUUAGCCGGCGUCCUGGCCAAGUCUUCGCGGCGAUGCUGGAUGCGCGUCCGGAGCAAGGAGUGGUGGGAGAGGGUGGUGCUGAAGGACUUCUCCGACGCCGAAUGGAGGGACACUUUCCGCAUGUCGCGGGCCUCCUUCCACAAGCUGUGCGGCUUAAUGGACGGACUUCUCAGGUCCGAGGCCAGGACCGUCCGCGCGCCGAUACCACUGCCGAUGCGCGUCGCUAUCGUCCUCUACAAGCUGGCCGGCUGCGCCAGGUACAAAGUGGUCGGCGUCCACAAGUGCACCGUCAUCAACUUUGUCUACUCCUUCUGCAAGGGCAUGACCUCCUCCGCCAUCCACGCACUCAUCUCCGUGCCCACGGCGGCGGAGGCCCGACGUAUCGCGCAUGGAUUCCAGCGGAAGUCCAACAUUCCUCAGAUCCUGGGCUGCAUCGGCGGCACGCACGUCCCGGUCUUACCUCCCGGCGACAGCUUCAAGGAGUUUACCAACCGCGAAGGAUGGCCUUCCUGUGUGCUUCAAGCCGUGGUGGACGACACGUAUGGGUUUUGGAACAUCAACUGCAAGAUGCCAGGAGGUGCACAUGAUGCCAAGGUCCUCAAGCAAUCAGCCUUAUUUGCUCUGGCACAUCACUUACCUAAGGAACCUCGAGAGAUCAGCAGAACUACAGUCAACCUUUUCCUCCUGGGUGAUCCUGCCUACCCUCUUUUGGACUGGCUCAUCAAGGACUACGUCCGUUCCCCAAAUAUGACUCCGGAACAGGAGUCCUUUAACGCUUACUUAAGUUCUGCCAGGACAACCGUGGAGAUCGCCUUCGGCAGACUCAAGUCCCGCUGGAAGGUCUUACUCCAAAGGAGCGACUUUCACUAUACCUUCACGCCCCACGUGGUGGCCACCUGUUGCGCCUUGCACAAUUUUUGCGAAAACGAAAGCAUCAACCCGGCUUGGAUAGACGAAGCGGCAGUUUUAGAACAGGAGCUGCCCCAGCCGGGGAUGUCUUGGUACCACGCAGCCGACUGUGCGGACGGUCAGACUGUGCGUCUGGCUUUAACGGAAUACUUGAAAUCCAACUUUCCUCUGCGACGGCACGAAUGACCGUGUCUCAGUUCACACUGGUGAGGAACAAAGACAUGUUGGACAUGUCUGGAGAUCAUCCGGGUCAUUGGAAUCAUUCCAGUUCACCCAAAAGUUCUACAUUUUAGAUGUGGAGUUUCCCCAAAGAGCCGCAUGGAAGGUGUGCUGGCAAAAGGUUGUAUUCACCUGACGUCAUGUCCGGCUCAGUAAGUAUGUGAGGCUUGAAGUGGUGGGCCAGCGAGUGUUCUGGGCGGCAUUGUGCCUUUCUCCAAGAAAAAUGCGCUAGGCUGGCACUGUCUAUGAAUGUUCUCAAUUAUCCAGGUCAUUGGAACCUCAGGGCAUUCAGUCGCUCGCAACUGGACUGUUUGGUUUCAUUGGUCUGUGAGCACGAACUGAUGAAGCCUACUGAGGUAUUGGCACCAGCCGCUGGACUAGACCUGACAAAUCUAAGUCUAAGACUAGAUCUGACCAAUCCAAGUCUAUGAUCAUGAGCUGAUGAAGCCUACUGAGGUAUUGGCACCAGCCACAAGACUAGAUCUGACCAAAUCUAAGUCUAAGACUAGAUCUGACCAAUCUAAGUCUAUUAUCAUGAACUGAUGAGGCCUACUGAGGUAUUGGCACCAGCCGCUGGACUAGACCUGACAAAUCUAAGUCUAAGACUAGAUCUGACCAAUCCAAGUCUAUGAUCAUGAGCUGAUGAAGCCUACUGAGGUAUUGGCACCAGCCACAAGACUAGAUCUGACCAAAUCUAAGUCUAAGACUAGAUCUGACCAAUCUAAGUCUAUUAUCAUGAACUGAUGAAGCCUACUGAGGUAUUGGCACCAGCCGCAAGACUAGAUCUGACCAAAAACUAAUUCUAAGACUUGAUCUGAUCAAUGUAAGUCUAUGAGAAUAAACUGAUGAAGCCUACUGAGGUAUUGACACCAGCCGCAAGACGAGAUCUGACUAAGUCUAAGACUUGAUCUGAUCAAUUUAAGUCUAUGAGAAUAAACUGAUGAAGCCUAAUGAGGUAUUGACACCAGCCGCAAGACUAGACCUGACAAGUCUAAGACUAGAUCUGACCAAUCUAAGUCUAUGAUCAUGAGCUGAUGAGGCCUACUGAGGUAUUGACACCAGUGUUAAUUUUGACAACAAAUUUGAUUUAGUUUUAGUCGUAGUCUUUUGACUAAAAGGUAAUUUAGUUUUAGUCAUAAUUUAGUUAUUUAAAUUGUUUUAGUCUAGUUUUAGUUGACAAAAUAUCAUAAGAUUAUAAUCGACGAAAACUACAGUAGAUUUAGUCGACUAAAGGUAAUAUGUAAACUUUCCCCACAAUUUCUGAAAGUCAUUACGUUCACUUACACUAAAUGAAACCUCUAUGAAUGUGUUAAGGAAUGUAAUGAAUGUGUUAGGGAAUGUAAAGGUACUGCAAUUUAUACACAGACACAGAUUAACUUAUUUGCAACAAACAUUUAUGUACCUGUAAUACUGUAAGAUCAACAGCGCCAUUUGUGCAAAAAUAAACAAACAUGUAGAAAAAGUGCAUAAGCUAUAACACCAUCAGGCCUGCUCUCUCCUAAUCAGUGUAACUGAACUAUUAAAAAGACGAAAAAAUGGUUCAACUCACUGUUAAAUAGUCAGAUUUCACUUCAAAUCGCAUCAGGAUUUAAACCUAUUAACGGGAAAGAAAGACAAACGUGCUAUCAGUGGCAGGAACUGCAACUAUUUCAUUAUAACAUUUUCAACUUCAAAAUAACGAGCAAACAAAUUAAUAAAUGGAGCUAUACCAUAGAUCAGUGGUUCUAAAAUGGGGGUACUUGAAGGUAUGCCAAGGGGUACGUGAGAGUUUUAAAAAAUAUUGUAAAAAAUAGCAAAAGUCCUUUAUAAAUAUAUUUAUUGAAUAAUACUUCAACAAAAUAUGAAUGUAAGUUCAUAAAGUGUGAAAAGAAAUACAACAAUGCAAUAUUCAGUGUUGACAUCUAGAUUUUUUGUGGACAUGUUCCAUAAAUAUUGAUGUUAAAGAUUUCUUUUUUUGUAAAGAAAUGUUUAUAAGUAAGUUGAUGAAUCCAGAUGGAUCUCUAUUACAAUCCCCAAAGAGGACACUUUAAGUUGAUGAUUACUUCUAUGUGGAGAAAUAUGCAUUUAUAAUUGAUCACUUCUUUAUUUUUCAACAAGUUUUUACUUAUUUUUAUAUCUUUUUUUCCAAAUAGUUGAAGAAAGACCACUACAAAUGAGUAAUAUUUUGCACUGUUAUACAAUUUAAUAAAUCAGAAAGUGAUGACAUAGUGCUGUAUUUUACUUCUUUAUCUCUUUUUUUCAACCAGAAAUGCUUUGCUGUGAUUAGGGGGUACUUGAAUUAAAAACAUGUUGACAGGGGGUACAUCACUGAAAAAAGGUUGAGAACCACUGCCAUAGAUAACAGAAAAACAACAAUCUGUAGCAUAAAAUGUGCACACAAACAUUGUCAGUAGACCACAGAUUUAUUUUAAGGAAAGCACUUCCGGCCAGUGAGACCCUGGCUGAUGACGUCAUCUGUAACGCUGAACACUUGAGAAGCUGCAAUAGCCAAUAAGUCUAACGCCAAAGGUUUUAAACUCUGAUAAAAAGUGUCACAGCGGAAAAAUCACCGAUACAAGUCGUAUUUUGGUGAAAGUCAUGUCUCCAAUGUAGUAUUUCACGUGUAAUGAACAACAGGAUGACGUCAGAUGAGUUGUGUUAAAUGCUUACCUGUGUGUGGAUUUGGGGCUGAUUGGACUGUAAAUGUCGCUUCAAGUUUGUUGUGUUUUCCCCGUAAUCCUCGCGCUGCAUUUCUUACACGGCGUCUUGUUAUCUUUGACGUCAAAUAUAAAAUGUUCCCAAAUGUCUUCUCUCCUCUUCCAAUGUUGUCUUCUGCCGCACAUUCCCGCCGUGUCAGUCUCAAACCAAACUACGUUCACCUAACUUGCUGAACACCUCGCUCUGAUUGGUUCUCUUCCCCACUGCUCCCGCCUCUUCCUAACCAAAUGACUUCCGAUUGGAUGUCGUCUCUGGCAGACAUUUUUCUCUCCUUUUUAUUCGUUGACGAAUAUGUCAAUACACUCGUCAUCGUCUUAGUCCACGGAAAUUAGUUUUUAUUUAGUUAUUGUCUCGUUUUAGUCAGAAAAAAAGGUCGUUGACGAUAACUAUGACGAAAAUGUUUCCUCAUCAAAAUUAAAAUUAAUCGGCACAAGCCGUAAGACUAGAUCUGUCCAAAUCUAAGUCUAAGACUAGACCUGACCAAAUCUAAGUCUAAGACUAGACCUGACCAAUGUAAGUCUAAGACUAGACCUGACCAAAUCUAAGUCUAAGACUCUUUGUGACCAAUGUAAGUCUAAGAUUAGACCUGACCAAAUCUAAGUCUAAGACUAGACCUGACCCAAUCUAAGUCUAAGACUAGACCUGACCAAAUCUAAGUCUAAGACUCUUUGUGACCAAUCUAAGUCUAAGAUUAGACCUGACCAAAUCUAAGUCUAAGACUAGACCUGACCAAAUCUAAGUCUAAGACUAGACCUGACCAAUGUAAGUCUAAGACUAGACCUGACCAAAUCUAAGUCCAAGACUCUUUGUGACCAAUGUAAGUCUAAGAUUAGACCUGACCAAAUCUAAGUCUAAGACUAGACCUGACCCAAUCUAAGUCUAAGAUUAGACUUGACCAAAUCUAAGUCUAAAAAUCUUUGUGACCAAUGUAAGUGUAAGAUUAGACCUGACCAAUGUAAGUCUAAGACUAGACCUGACCAAUGUAAGUCUAAGACUCUUUGUGACCAAUCUAAGUCUAAGAUUAGACCUGACCAAAUCUAAGUCUAAGACUAGACCUGACCCAAUCUAAGUCUAAGACUAGACCUGACCCAAUCUAAGUCCAAGACUCUUUGUGACCAAUCUAAGUCUAAGACUAGACCUGACCAAUGUAAGUCUAAGACUAGACCUGACCAAUGUAAGUCUAAGACUAGACCUGACCAAUGUAAGUCUAAGACUAGACCUGACUAAUGUAAGUCUAAGACUAGACCUGACCAAUGUAAGUCUAGGACUAGACCUGACCAAUGUAAGUCUAAGACUAGACCUGACUAAUGUAAGUCUAAGACUAGACCUGACCAAUGUAAGUCUAAGACUAGACCUGACCAAUGUAAGUCUAAGACUAGACCUGACCAAUGUAAGUCUAAGACUAGACCUGACUAAUGUAAGUCUAAGACUAGACCUGACCAAUGUAAGUCUAGGACUAGACCUGACCAAUGUAAGUCUAAGACUAGACCUGACUAAUGUAAGUCUAAGACUAGACCUGACUAAUGUAAGUCUAAGACUAGACCUGACCAAUGUAAGUCUAAGACUAGACCUGACCAAUGUAAGUCUAAGACUAGACCUGACCAAUGUAAGUCUAAGACUAGACCUGACCAAUGUAAGUCUAGGACUAGACCUGACUAAUGUAAGUCUAAGACUAGACCUGACUAAUGUAAGUCUAAGACUAGACCUGACUAAUGUAAGUCUAAGACUAGACCUGACCAAUGUAAGUCUAAGACUAGACCUGACCAAUGUAAGUCUAAGACUAGACCUGACCAAUGUAAGUCUAAGACUAGACCUGACCAAUGUAAGUCUAGGACUAGACCUGACUAAUGUAAGUCUAAGACUAGACCUGACUAAUGUAAGUCUAAGACUAGACCUGACUAAUGUAAGUCUAAGACUAGACCUGACCAAUGUAAGUCUGUGAUCAUAAAGUGAUGAGGUCCAGGGAAGAGGUCUCCUAAGACCAAGCAAACAUUGCAGUUGUGAUGGUUGAACGCCCAGAGACUACCUUUAGGCUCGUGUUGUUUUAGGCCUUUGGAACCAUUCAAAACCUGAAAAGGAUCAAAGUUUUUCCAGAGUUCCUCAAAAGAUCAAUAAAAAUGUUGAAGUAAA